AUGGGGCAGGACCAGACGAAGCAGCAGAUCGCGAAGGGGCUCCAGCUGUACCAGUCUAACCAGACAGAGAAGGCGCUGCAGGUGUGGACGAAGGUGCUGGAGAAGAGCUCGGACCUCGUGGGGCGUUUCCGCGUGCUGGGCUGCCUGGUCACGGCCCACUCGGAGAUGGGCCGCUAUAAGGAGAUGCUGAAGUUUGCUGUGGUACAGAUCGACACGGCUCGGGAGCUGGAGGAUGCCGACUUCCUCCUGGAGAGCUACCUGAACCUGGCGCGCAGCAACGAGAAGCUGUGCGAGUUUCACAAGACCAUCUCCUACUGCAAGACCUGCCUCGGCCUGCCCGGCAACCGGGCAGCCACCCAGCUCGGAGGCCAGGUCAGCCUGAGCAUGGGCAACGCCUUCCUGGGCCUCAGCCUCUUCCAGAAGGCCCUGGAGAGCUUCGAGAAGGCCCUGCGCUAUGCCCACAACAACGAUGACACCAUGCUCGAGUGCCGUGUCUGUUGCAGCCUGGGCAGCUUCUACGCCCAGGUCAAGGACUACGAGAAAGCCCUGUUCUUCCCCUGCAAGGCUGCAGAGCUCGUCAACGACUAUGGCAAAGGCUGGAGCCUCAAGUACCGGGCCAUGAGCCAGUACCACAUGGCUGUGGCGUAUCGCCUGCUGGGCCACCUGGGCAGUGCCAUGGAGUGCUGUGAGGAGUCUAUGAAGAUUGCACUGCAGCAUGGGGACCGGCCACUGCAGGCACUCUGCCUGCUCUGCUUUGCUGACAUCCACCGGAGCCGUGGGGACCUGGAGACAGCCUUCCCUAGGUACGACUCUGCCAUGAGCAUCAUGACCGAGAUUGGAAACCGCCUGGGGCAGGUACAGGUGCUGCUGGGUGUGGCCAAGUGCUGGGUGGCCAGGAAGGCGCUGGACAAGGCUCUGGAGGCCAUCGAGAGAGCCCAGGACCUGGCCGAGGAGGUGGGGAACAAGCUGGGCCAGCUUAAGCUUCACUGCCUGAGCGAGAGCAUCUACCGCAGCAGAGGUCUGCAGCGGGAGCUGCGCGCCCACGUCGUGCGCUUCCACGAGUGCGUGGAGGAGACAGAGCUCUACUGCGGCCUGUGCGGCGAGUCCAUAGGCGAGAAGAAUAGCCGGCUGCAGGCUCUGCCCUGCUCCCACAUCUUCCACCUCAGGUGCCUGCAGAACAACGGGACGCGGAGCUGCCCCAACUGCCACCGCUCAUCCAUGAAGCCUGGCUUUGUAUGA